CGUCAUAAUGACCUUUCACAUUGACCCUCAAUAGUCGUUCCACCGUUAAUUUUUGUUUUAUUAGAUAUUUGUUAUUUAUUUUACUUUAUAAGAGACAGUGGUCGAUGACUUCUCCCAAGGGUAUCCAGUUUCUGAUAGGUAUCUCAUUGUCUGAAAAUGACAACAAAGAUAUCUAAGCCGAAUUCCCGUUGGCAGCAGGGGAACUCACAAUGGAGCUCGUCUAUCUCCAAAUCUGAUGGAGAUUUGCAUAAAACAGCAAAACGGAAUGUCCCAGACUGGCAAAAGCGACGCCCUUUGACACAAACAUUGGACAAAAAUAGCUAUCAAGAAUUACCAAUUACAGACGAAAGUCUCUCAGACAUAACGAUGUGUUCUUAUCAACCGAGGACGAAUACCCCACUGGAUUUCUACUCCGUGUACGAGUCGGAAAGUGAAGUGAAGAAAGCCAGACGUAUAGCAAGUGGACACCAUCGAUCUGUGACCCCCUCUAGAUCUGGGAGUGCCUUGUCCAGAAGAAAGGAUGUCGAUUUAUCAACUGGGGGAAGACAGGAGACAUAUUACAAUCAAAUGAAGAAAGUUUAUGACGUCGACAACAUAAGAAAAAGGCGUCAAAAUGAGUUUUCACAAACGUAUGUGUCAUUCAGGACGAGCUAUACUCAGGAAAAACUCAAACAGCAACGUGAAAUAGAAAGGAAUAGAAUAGACAACGAGAACAAGAUUCUUAAAGACCUGAAAAGAAAAAGAACUGAGUUUCAAAGAGAAAAGGAAUGGCGAGUUCGCAGUCAGUACGUUACUUGGAAACUUUUGGAACAUGAGCGAAUGGAUCGGGAAUUGUAUGGUCUUCCACUGAAUGUUCAAGCAGAUUUUUACCUCAAGACUCGCAAACCAAGAAAAUCAAAGCCGAUGAAAGAUAUCGUCCGUAACGAGACUCCAAGUUACAGACGAGCAUCUGAAGGACAUAUAAAGCGUAUGUUUGGGUCAAAUGUCACGUAUCCCACAAUCGAUCCGAAGUUAAAGCCUCCAGCUUUUGGACGGAAAAACAGUAGUCUACAGAAAGAUUUUGACUUGGAAAAAAUCUGCGAAAAUCGCUUGAGGGACCUUGAUUGGUCAAAGAAGAAAUCUCUGAAAACCCAAUCAAAUGGAAACCAACGUUUCCUUUCUGGCGAAAAUCGGGUUCUUCCUGUUGGUAUGCAUCGCCAAACACGAGGAAGGCAACAAAACUCACGUAGUGUCGGUGUUCUGAGGGAAAGCAGAACUAGAGUUCAUUAAUGGAAAGUCAAAUUUAAUUUAGAUUUUAUUUGAAUUUAUGAUAUUUUUGAAGAAUGAAAUCGACGUGUAAAACUAACUUAUUUUACAUAAUAUUUAUAAGCUCAUUCUAUAGCAGGUUUCCUUCUCCGACUGUGUUAUAUUGUUAAGUUAUGGAGGAAGUUGUGUUCGAUAUACUGAUUAUCAUGCCAAAAGUAUUCCCUGAAAAUUACCAGUGUAUAGCGAAAAAAUGUAAAUGGCCAGUUAAAAACCUGUGAGCUUCAUAAUUCUUCCUUCUUUGUGAUUUUUCCUCUAGAUUUAAAAGAUGCAAUGAUCCGUUCUGGGAUUUUUUAAACUAUAUUUUUUUCUAGAUACAUCACUGAAAAGCUGAUAGCAUGGUAAUUAUAAACGGUAAUGUACGCCAUUUUCCGUUACACAUUUGGCAUGCACGACAUUGAAACCGACGACAAAUGUUUCCCUCAGACUUGCAUACUAAUUUUAAUCACCAUCACUUAUCUAUAAGUUCAGUUUUCAAAAAAAAAAUCAGUCAUGUGAUGUGACAUAACAUAUAAUUAUACUCUUCCGUGACACUUCUUCAAAUUUCGGUCUCUUUAUAAUUCAAAUAUCGCAACUUCUUCCACAUCAUUUAA